CCUUGCUUGCGUGAAUUUUCUGCUGGAGCUCGAAGCCAGGCACAGAGUGCUGGUUCGGGUGGUUAUUAUUGUUAAAUAGACAAGUUCUAGAUCAUUCCCGCUAGAAAUCGCCCAGCAUCUUGCCCCGCCGACAAAGAAGGGUGUGCGAAGCAGAAGAGAAGAAAAAAACAUUACCUAACACACCACAUCAUUUUUUUUUCUCGGGAUACAUCUGCCCUUAUCUUAGAUAUUUAUUUAUUGCACAACAAUGGCUUCCUCUUCUCAACAAGCCCCACCUGCUGUCCAUGAAGAUUCAUAUUCCGAUAGUGACAGUAGCUCUGAUCCUCUAGACCUAUCCAAAGAUGAGGGAUGGGAAGAUGUUGAACUGGACGAAGAGUCUGAGCCCGUCAUAAGUUUGUUUAGCGACAAGGUCUUCCCAGACGCCCGGUCAAUGCUCAAUGAUUGCAAGGAAAACUUUCACUUCGACUUUUUGAAGGUUCAGAAGGAUCUUGGCCUCGAUUUUCUCGGCACUAUUAGGCUUGUCAACUAUAUUCGCUCAGAAGUCAAGGCUGGGAAGACCCCUGACGUAUCCUCCGCGGCCCUGUUCGACGACGAGCGAUACUUGAGACCGGUACUGGAGGAUGACACGCUUCUAUACAGCUUGGAUGAUUUGGCUGAGGAAUCGGACCUGGAUCAAAAGGCGGGAGGAAAGGAUGGGCCCCGAUCGAAGGAGGCAGAAGCAUCAGAUCCAACAUCUCGAAUUCGAAAACUAGAAGACGAGUUGGAACGAAUGCGAAGCAAUUUUGAGGAGUACAAGGCGAUUGUUAAGAGGUCCUUGGACAAGGAAUUAAGCAGCGCGGUUUCAAGCGUAUCUGAAAAGCCUGUAGCUUCGGGCUCUGGUAAAUUCCAUGAAGCGGAGUCGGGAUAUUUCACCUCCUACUCGUAUAAUGGUAUACAUGAGUCCAUGCUCAAGGACACUGUCCGUACAGAUGCCUAUAGGGAUUUCAUAUAUGAUAACAAGAGUUUGUUCAAGGACAAGGUUGUACUUGAUGUUGGGUGCGGAACGGGUAUUCUGUCCAUGUUCUGCGCAAAAGCCGGGGCGAAAAUGGUCAUUGCUGUUGACAAUUCAGAUAUCAUUGAUCGGGCGCGCGAAAUCGUCUAUGACAACGGGUUUGGGGAUGUGAUUAAAUGUAUCCGCGGAAAAAUCGAAGAAGUGGAACUACCAGUACCCCAAGUCGAUAUCAUUGUUUCUGAAUGGAUGGGAUACUGCCUCCUUUUCGAAGCAAUGUUCGACUCAGUAAUCUGGGCCCGAGACCGCUAUCUCGCACCGGACGGGUUGAUGGUUCCCUCCCAUGCCACGCUCCAAAUCGCGCCCUUGGCUGAUCCAGAUCUCGUGGACUCGCACAUAACCUUCUGGAACUCUAUCUACGGGUUCAAAAUGUCCAGCAUGCUUCUCAACAUAUACGAUGAGGCACUUGUUCGAUACAUCCAGAAAGCAGAAGAAACCAUCGUUGCCAAAGCAUCACCGUUCCUGCAGUUGCCGUUACACACCAUAACUGUCGAGGAGCUAACGUUCAUCAAAGAAUUCGAAGUUACGCUUAACACGGACAUCGAUGCGUUGGACGGCUGGGCAGUGUGGUUUGAUAUGUUUUUUAUGCCAUCUAGGACAUCGAAGGUAGCUGAAGAUGCGCUGCCGGGCGAUAUGAAGAAGGAAGGAUAUGUCGCGUUCUCGACGGGUCCAUUCGAUCCGGAGACUCAUUGGCAACAAGGGGUGUUUUUGAUAAACCGCGGGAAGAAGGCUGCCAAACCGUUGAGGAAGGGACAGGUUAUUAAGGGACACGUGGAGUAUAGGAAGAAGGAUGAUAAAUCACGGCUCUUGGAUAUUGGGAUUGACUGGGAUAUCGAGGGUGUCGAAACCGGACGGCAGGAGUGGUCACUGCAAUAAGCUAUUACUCUGGUGACAUUUUUCAAAUACCAGAUAGUUUACGUUUGGGGUUUGGGUUGAUGAUUGUGCAUAUUUAAUUUGGGUAUAUCAAAUAGAGAGGGUUGGGUUGGUCAAAGAAAUAAAAAGGGGUCAUUAUUCAUAGCUAUCAUUAAAAGUUUUCAUAGCUCAAAUUGGCAAAUUAAACAUCGGCAAAUUGGGCACUAUAACGUUUCCCAGGUGCCGGCGCCCAACUAGACAGCCGGUCAUCACUGGAAGAGCGUUUGGCCCGGUCCUUAUCCUGGUCUCUGGAGCUUCUAUGAGAAUGACUAUUGCCGUAGGCCCGGGAAUGUUUUGAACGCUCUUCCUGACUCCGCUCCCCUCGUUCCCGAUGGGGGUUUCUCGAGAGCUCACGGUCA